GCCACGGUUUUAAAGACAAAAAAAACCCAAAACCGUGCCAGAAAAAGAAACGAUAUGUAUGUCUAAAGGUUUUUUUUAAGGCAGAGGGCACGAUAAACUUAAACCCGCUGCAAUGAAUAAGAAGCCUGUCCCUUUAAGACGCAGUGUUUAUCUUUGAUGCUUUUUUUGCCCCGCACAUGGAAGAUUCGAAGCUGUGCGAAGGGCUCCCGGAAGUCGCGACAGAAAGCGAGGGAGACUGGAGCCCUCUCCCUGCUCCACCCAAACUUUUGCCCUUUGCUAAGAUGGCGGCUGCCGGCGCUGCUGCCGCUGCUUCCCGGGGCCCCUGAAGGGUUUGUGACACCCUAAGCCGGCCGGCAAAGAUGGCGGCGGCGGGGGGAGGUAGUUCCCCAAGUAUCGUGGAGUACCUGGGCGGAGACGACGGCUACCGCUGCGGCUACUGCAAGAGCGACACCGGCAACCUCUCCCACGGCAUGUGGGCUCAUUCACUGACUGUCCAAGAUUACCAAGAUCUUAUCGACAGAGGUUGGCGAAGGAGUGGGAAAUACAUUUACAAGCCUAUUAUGAAUCGUACAUGUUGUCCUCAAUAUACAAUAAGAUGCCGGGCCUUACUUUUCCAGCCUUCCAAAUCACAUAAGAAAGUUCUAAAGAAGAUGUUGAAAUUCUUAAUGAAGGGGGAAAUUCCUGUAGUAGACAGUGAAGUGGAGCCUAUGGAUUCUCACACCAAAGAUACUGAUGGCUGCAGUUUUUUCUUAAAAGACGAACCAGGCAGCUGCCAGGCUGAACUAAAACCCCUCAAUCCUGAUCAUUUGGAGAAGGCGGAGAGUGGGGAAGGAGAAAUAACUGUGAAGAAAGCGGAAACAGAGCAUAUUGAAUUGUCUCAUGAGAAAGUUAAUGCCAAUUCUGGGGAGCCGUUGGAGUCAGCUAAAGUUAGUCCAUCAGUUCCCAAACCAGGGAAAGGAGCUGACUUGAGUAAGCCACCCUGCCGUAAAGCAAAGGAACUAAGGAAGGAACAUAAAUUGCAGAAGACCCUUCAGAACCAGACACAAAAUCCUUCACUGCAAACUGAGGCUCAGGUUUUGCUUGGCCAGCGCUCGAAAGCUAAAACCAAUCAGCCCAAAACAAUUGAAGACUUCAUUUUUUCCUCCUUAUCUACUGAACCUGUGCACCAGUUAGAGGUGAGGCUGGUGCAAUCAUCUCCACCAAGUUCCCUGUUCAAAGCCACCUUUCAGGAGUCUUACCAGGUCUAUAAACGUUACCAGAUGGUUAUUCACAAGGACCCACCUGAUAAACCAACCGCCAGCCAGUUCACAAGGUUCCUCUGUGAAUCUCCACUUGAGGCAGAAAAUCAACCUAACGGUCCAGAUUGUGGCUAUGGUUCUUUCCACCAGCAGUAUUGGUUUGAUGGAAAGAUAAUUGCUGUGGGUGUCAUUGACAUCCUUCCAAAGUCUGUGUCAUCUGUGUAUCUCUACUAUGAUCCUGAUUAUUCUUCCCUAUCUUUAGGCGUGUACUCUGCAUUAAGGGAAAUUGCUUUUACUAGGCAACUUCAUGAAAAGGCCUCUGACCUAUGCUAUUACUACAUGGGGUUUUACAUUCAUUCAUGCCCUAAAAUGAGAUAUAAGGGCCAGUACAGACCAUCUGACUUGUUGUGUCCAGAGACAUAUAUCUGGGUACCUACUGAACAGUGUCUGCCUUCUCUUGAGCAUUCAAAAUAUUGUCGCUUCAAUCAAGAUUUAAAAGCAGUUGAUGAAGGGAAUGUGAAGGAAUUGGGUCAGGUUCGGAUUCUGCAUAAGAGAACAGCCAUGCGUUACAGUGUGUACAAGAGAAGGAGGAAGGGGCCAAGCGAUGAAGAAAGUGUUCAACAAUAUGCAACUCUAGUGGGGCAGACGUGUGCAGAGCGAAUGUUGCUCUUCAGAAGCUGAGGUGUCAAUUCUUGAGAUUGUAUGCCCCUGCAGCUUGGUGUUGAUAUGCCUUUGAAAAUGGAGGCACUUUAUAUGAAUGAAUACACUGGCUUAUCUUAAAAGAAAAUACCAUUUUUUUCACCUUUCUGCCAAGGGUCUGGCAGAAUAUAACAAGGCCCUUUGUUUUAUUUUGCUAUCAUGAUCCCUUCCUUGCAUUCGGAGAAGUGUGCAUGGUGUGAAGUACAUAAAUGGUCUGAACACAAUUUUUCCUGUAGGGCUUUGUAGUUUCCUCUUAGGGAGAAUAUUUGAAGUCACUUGGGUGCUGACAUGUAUCAAAGCUAUGGGGAAAUAUGUGUAAGUUCCACAAAUGGGAGGCUAAAAUGUGCAGUUGCAUGCUACUCUGUUCCAGAACACAGUUGAACUAUGGUGCUUGGAAUUAAGCCUGUUUCUGUCCCAGUGAAUCCAAUAGCAAAAACCAGUUUAUUCUGUCUUGUGGACUUUAUAUAAUCUGUACUAUAUGACAUACAAAGCCAUCUAACGUAAACCUAUGCACUGUAGCUUUAGAGAGUCACUGCAAUUUUUAAUUUUUUGCUUUAAAGAAUGUGUAGUAGUCUUUAAAUACCAAGAAACAUGGAGGUUUGGUUUUUUGUAAUUAAAUGGUUACUCGGGAAAAUAUUGGAAUUGAAGCCAAGGUUAGGUUUGUGGUCAAAUUACCAAAGUGAUUAUAUAAAGCAGCAGGUUGAUGUUGUACCUUGAUGUACAUCCCACUUUUUUGUAUUUGUAAUGCCUAUUUGUGUUCAUUGCAAAAUUCUAGAAUUCCAUUUCUAUAUAUAUUAAAAAAUCUCAUUAAAAAUGCUUUUUUAAAAUCUUCAAAACACUGAACUGUCCCUACUACUGCCAUUUUGGUUGUAUAUCCAGCACUGUUGCUCUCACUCAUACUUAGGUUCUUUGUUUUAUUAAAAUUGUAAAGUACACAGUUGUAAAUGUGAACAUAUGCUUUUAAUUGGAUUAGGAACCUAAUUUUCAUAGCAAUCCUUUUAUCAAUUUCUGUAUCCAUGUCUGAUAGAACAGGCUAUAAGAAGUCAGCAGUGCAUCUGAAAUUUACUUAUGUUGCUGAUUAAACAAUAUUUGGUAUGACUUGCAGACUCAAGAGAUGCCAUUCCUGUUUGUUGCAAUGAGCAUCUGCUUUGCUAAAGAGGUUGUUGGGGUUACCAGUUUGGGAGUAAUAAAAGUGAAGAUCAGUUGAAGAAAGGAGGAAGGAACUGGAAUCAAUCUCCUCCUCCCAGAAAAUCGUUUGCAUGAGUGGGGGUAGCCAAUGUGGUGCUCCCCAGGUGUCAAAACUUCAGACCCCAAAAACUGUGUUAACAAACCCACAACAUUCAAAGACUGUGGUGUGAUAAGGUACAUGUGGUGAUGGGUAGUCUCUUCAUGCCCCCCCUUUAUAACUUCCAUAUUUAAACUUUUGGCCAAUGAGCAUGAUUAAAAAAACCUGACAGGGUAGAAUUGCCUAUUUGUAGAUUUUAACAAAGCGUACUGAGUUGAAUUCAGCUAGCUAGGUUAUACUCAGGGUAAACCCAUUGGAAUAAAUGGGUGUGUCUAAUUUAGAUCUAUUAAUUUCAGUGGGCCUACUCUAAUUUAGUUGGGCACAAAGUCAUCUAGUGACCUUUAUAUUUGAGUCAGGGUUUGAACCCUGGUCUCCCUGGUCCUAGUCCAACUCUCUAGCCACUUAAGUAUCUACAAAUAUAUCAAUUUCCAUCCUCUACCAUUUGAUUGGCUAUAAAACACUAAAACCCAGUGCAAUUGAAUAGACCAGAGCUUUCCAAACUGUCGGCUGCAGUGUGUAGGUGUGGCCUGUGAAUACUCCCCAUACUCCUCCUGGGGCUAGAAAAGGGUUUAACCUCCGGUUUGCUAGUAAAACUGAAAUACCGUGUCGCAAAAUGGUGCAUGUCUAAAAAGCGUGUCUCCAAAAUGAAAAGUUUGGAAAGCUCUGGAGUAGACACGUUAAUGACACUUGUUUGGCAGCUGUUUGAGUGGCAUAUGUCUGGUUUCAGGGUAAACUCAAUUCCGUUUCGCAUUCAUGACCUUUGAGUUAAAUGUCAGACCAUUUUCACUGGUUCUUACCACUCUUCAAUCUUUCACAAAAGCGCUCCCCCAAAGAAUUCCUACCCAUUUAGCCAUAGGGCAGGCAUCCCCAAACUUCGGUCCUCCAGAUGUUUUGGACUACAAUUCCCAUCUUCCCCAACCACUGGUCCUGUUAGCUAGGGAUCAUGGGAGUUGUAGGCCAAAACAUCUGGAGGGCCGCAGUUUGGGGAUGCCUGCCAUAGGGCAUUGCGGACCUUGAAGAUGGAUAAAUUAACUUUUAAAGAAAUUAUUAUAGGCAUUUUUAAAAUGCAGUUGCUUUUUCAGCAGGAUAUCUUAAUGGUCCCUACACUGUGAUUUGUAAGCGGAUCAUCAUAAAUCGCAAAGAAAUCUGGACGACAGAGCACCAUAGCUGCCAAGUUAUCCCUUUUUUACAGGGAUUUUCCCUUAUGCUGAAUAGGCUUCCUCGCGAGAAAAGGGAAAACUGGGCAGCUAUGCAGAGCACAACGCUUCAGACAUUCAAAAUGAGCAGUAAAUGAAACAAAUGCCCCCUCUGACCCAAAAUAUGGAGAUCUAAGCUUAACUAUGAAGCCAGACUUCUCUGUUGCAGUCGUCUCAGUCCACUUUAUCUGUUAUUGCCAGUGUCAUGUGGUUGCCCCCUGCCAUUCUUCCUAGCAUGUAUCUUUUCUGCCCAUGUAGGGUAGUUUACGGAGAUAGUGUUGUAUAGGUCUUCCAUCACAUAGGAAGUGCUAGCUUUUGCUUGCAUUGUGUUGUGGAUUUCGUUUACGUUGACAUCGCAAGCUGUUUGUUUUCCGGAUUGAUGUAAACAAUACCUGAUUUAUUUAAAAUGGAAACGGAAAUGGACAACAUUCAUUAAGCCUGCAUGAUGAUUUCCUUUAGUUAAAGGAUUUAUGAAUACAACCUAUGUGUAAUUGUGUUCCUGAUAUUUUUCAUUUUUGCCUCAUUUCCUCUGAAUGUAUGAGGACUCUUAAUAGCUAUAAUCUCCUUUAAUUAUGUGUUUCUGUCCCUUAGGACAAUAACUGUCUUCAAGAAAGAAGUUGUUUGAUGAAUCAGUACAUUUUUAAAAAGAGUUCAUUUUGUUCUGCAUACACCUCGAUUUUCUGGGCUUCAUCUAUGGCACAGGAACCUGUUUUAAGGCAAAAGAUUCAUCCCUAAAUUAAGUGCCUUACAUAAUUGCUAUCAUCCUCAUCCUCUCAUAUUUUAUUUUUAAAGUGCCUACGAUUGUGUGGUAGCAUCCAAUAAAAUUUAAAACUUGUUUUCCUGCCCUGAAGCUCACAAUCUAAGAUCAGAUAAUACACAGAAAGAAGGGUGAUAUUUUUGAAUGCACAAAGGGGAAGAAAAACAAAGGAAAUGCAGAGAGAUGGAGUCAGAACCAAGUACUUGAAAUAACGUCAGAGUCUACAUAUAGAAAUAAAUGCAGCUGUAGUCUUAGGCCCAUUUACCCAGGAGUAAGUCCCAUUGAACUCAAUGGUGCUGGCCUCUGAGCAAGAAUGUUGGCAGUACAAAUUAAAUAUUUUUUUCUAAAAUUCAAGGAGAGCGGUAUAUUAAGAUUGUCUCUAAAGAGGUAUAUUUACGUAUUGGAACAGAAGAAUAAAUUAUGACUAUUUUUUUUCCUAAUUGGAAAGAGGAUUUUAAUACCUCAUUUUUCACACUUUCUGUUUCUGUAAUAUCUUCUUAUCCUUUGGGUGUGGGAGAGAGAUGACCCUGUUCCUUGAAUUAUUUUUAUACACCAUCUAGCACGUCUGUAUUUAAGGAAGACACAAAUGUGGUCUUAACUGAAGGCAGUGUGUCCCUGAAUGCCUAUAUGCUACAAUAACUGCAAGGGAAUGCUAUUGUAGUAAUCAAGUCAAUCGGAACACUUUGUAAAGCACUGAAACCAGAAAUGAUCAGUCCUGUUGCUUUUACAUAAAUUGUGCUUCUCCAUCAGACAAAAUAAAAUAAAAUUACAGGCUAUGUGGGUGUGCCACCAGGGGGCAUGUUAAAGCUUGCAAAUCGCAUACAGUUCGUUGGUAAUAAGCUUUUUGUCAUUUCAACAAUGUCCUUACUGUUCCAGUUCUGCCUUUCCCCUUGCUUCUCUUUGAAUGCUUUCAUCCCAAAUCCUGAUGCAGAAGCUCAAUCGCUACACUAUAUUAAGCUGCGGGAGUUGAAAGUAAUUGUCGUGUUUUUAAAAAGUACUUUAUAUGAAAUAUGCCUUUUGUAUGCUACAAUGGAUGCAAUAAAGAGUCACAAAGACAGCGCUGAGUAAGCCGUUUUAGUGUCUUCAGCUUAUUGGUUCACUUCCGUGACUCUUCAGGUUGUGAUCCAAAGAAAUGGCAUAUACUGGAGGUGAAUUCAGCUUUCUUUGCAACGGUCCUCACUGGCCACAGGCAAGUGACUGUUCAGUUUUAAAAGUGGCUUGUUGAACUAUGAGAAUGGCUGUGCCAGUGACUUCAGAGACACUCCAAAGGAUGUGUCUUGCAUGCAGAGUACUCAUGGUUUCAAACUGGAAGAGGGCAGCUUGAAACCUAAAGUUGUGUUCCUGGCUGGGAGGUAGAUACCAGUCUUAGCCUCCCCAAACCUUUUCUGCUCCAUCUGGUAAGGGAGCAGCAGCUUUGGCCAGCUGAUGGUGAAGAGCAAGAAAUUUGCCACAGCUGUAGCUGGUUAGCAAGGGUGACUGAAGCCUGUUUGGAGGCUGCCUUCAAUGGGUUGUUGGCAGCAGGUUUUCAGCAGUGGGGCAGCCAUGAAGAGAAAGAGAACCCCUUUGGGGUGUGACAAGAAAGAGGACACUCCCUUUGGUUUGGAGCAGUUGGGGAGAGAGGUGAGUUAAUUUAUAUUCCAAGUGAUAGACUGGUAGAGAGCUACAUCUGUGGUAAAAGCGUGAAUGCAGCUCACAAACACACACCCAGGGUGUCUAGUGGGUAUUUUUGUGAUUUUACUAUUUUAGAUUGUUUGGAUUGAUUGGAUUGAUUGUACUUUUACUGUAGCAGUCUCCUGUAUUAAUCUGAUAGUCACUGGGUUUUUUAUGGGGUGGGGGUGGGGGUUGCCCCCAAAGCAGUCUACAAAUAAACCAUAACAUAACACAACACAACCUCUCAAUGUCUGCAUGUUGAGCACAGUUUUCUGCAAGGAAACACCCCAUGCACAAAUACGGUAGCUGCUUGUAUUUUAUAGGGGCUUCAUGUGAUCAUGAUGCCCAAUGAGGCACAGUUCCUGGCUGCACGAAACCCCUGUGGCAUAUGCACAAGCAAGUGACUACGAACAGGAGUGCCUUUACUGAAAACAAUGCUCAACACGUAGCCGUUGAAAGCCUUGGGCCUUGAGGCUUGCUUGAAUCACAGAACUGGGAGGGACCAUGAGGAUCAACUAGUCCAGCCCCCCUGCAAUGCAGGAUUCUUUCACCUAAUGUGGGGCUUGACCUCACAACCCUGAAAUUAAGUCUCAUGCUCUACCGACUGAGCUAUCCCUCAGGAGUAAGAUCAGAGCCCCACUCCAGCUUGAAACCAUGUGUGUCCUGUGUGUGAGAGUAAUGGCUCUUUAAUACCUUUUUAGUGUGAGUUGAUGCUUAAGUGACCAUUAGGAAACCAGGAUAGCUUAGGAAUAAUCACUUUUAAAUGACUACUCCUUAGCUUUUUUCUCAUUUGAGGCAGGGGAAGCAAGCAAAAGGACCGUAUCAUGGAAUAAAAUUGUUCUAAUUCUAGAAUAAAUACCCCUGAGGGUGGAGGCUUCCAUUACCAAUUUUUUAGGAA